AUCUCCUACUCGGGAGAAAGGCGGUAUACGCCAAAGACUGCAGCAGGCUGUUUCCAAUAAGUCGUAGUUCGAGAUAUUGAGAGUGGAUCACCAUUGUAGCAGUUAUCAUUAAUUCGAUUCCUACACCUUAUUGCUAAUCUAUAGGGUGGGUUCCAUUUCCCGCUCGUCACACUAAAGAAUACUGUACAGUUCUUUUAGCUCAACAUGGAAUCUCUUCGCUUUUUGGGCUCGUUGGAAGGUCAUGGCGGUUGGGUCACUGCAAUUGCUGCCUCAUCUGAAAACCCCGACAUCCUUCUCACUGCGUCCCGAGACAAAACUAUCAUUGUCUGGCACCUGACAAGGUCCGACUCGGAGUACGGACGCCCGAAAAAGAUUCUGACAGGACAUACACACUUCGUUUCUGACAUCGUCAUUUCGUCCGAUGGGCAGUUUGCUCUUUCAUCAUCCUGGGAUCGUACCCUCCGCCUGUGGGACCUAAAUACUGGCUUGACUACCCGUCACUUCAUUGGCCACACGGGUGACGUUCUCUCCGUCUCCUUCUCCGCUGACAACAGACAAAUCGUCAGUGGAAGCCGUGAUCGCACUAUCAAAUUAUGGAACACCUUAGGUGAAUGUAAAUUCGAUAUCAAGGAGGAAGGUCACACCGAGUGGGUCUCAUGUGUACGGUUCAGCCCCAACCAGAACAACCCCGUAAUCGUGUCUUGUGGGUGGGACAAGGUCGUCAAGGUUUGGGAACUCUCUCGGUGCAAGCUUCGCACCAACCACUAUGGCCACACUGGGUACAUUAAUACUAUCUCCGUUUCGCCUGAUGGCUCCCUCGCUGCCUCUGGUGGCAAGGACGGCAUUACAAUGCUUUGGGAUCUGAAUGAUGGGAAGCACCUGUACUCGCUAGAGGCUGGUGAUACCGUGAAUGCUUUGGUAUUCAGUCCCAACCGAUACUGGCUUUGUGCUGCUACUUCCAGCUGCAUCAAGAUUUUCGAUCUCGAGAGCAAGUCGAUUGUUGAUGAGCUCAAGCCUGACUACCUUGAGGUUGGCCCUAACACGAGGGAGCCUGAAUGUAUUUCGCUCGCUUGGUCGACAGAUGGACAGACUUUGUUCGGUGGCUUCACUGACCACUAUGUCCGUGUCUGGGCCGUCAGCGCAUGAGAGUCGUAGGUAGACGCCCUGGGAGUGGUCUUGUAUUCGCUUGCGACUAUAUGAUUUUAGUUCAUCGUUUGCGCACUGGUUGUCAUUCAUUUCAAUAAUGCGGGUCACCAGCAGUGUCACUCGUGAAAGGUUAUCAUUAACUAUCCUCAUAAUAUGACCUGCGUAAAUGCCUGUACUUCUUCAGCCGAUAAA